AUGUUGUAUCUAACAAAUGACCUGGGUCUAUUGCCCUUCUUCUUACCAUUUGGUAUCAUUGGAUUCUAUAGAUACCUGUGGUUCUUUAUAAAGGUCACUGCCUGGCUAGUAUAUAGACCAAGGUUACCCAAGGCCAAUCCAACUUAUACAGGGGAAAGAGAUGUGACAAUUAUCGUACCAACCAUCGAUGCAGGUGAAGAGUUUAAGAUUGCAGCAAAGAGCUGGUUAGCAUGCAAUCCCAAGGAAAUCAUCAUCAUCACCGAGACUAAAAUGCGGGAACCAUUGCAAGAACUAGCCAACAGCGUCAAUCCAGACAAAAUCCGUGUGUUGACUGUACCACGAGCAAACAAAAGACUCCAAAUGGUAGCUGGUAUCAAUGCGACAAACAGUGAGAUCAUUGUAUUUGCCGAUGACGAUGCGAUCUGGAAGCCUACCAUGCUGGAAUACAUUCUCGCUUGCUUUGAAGAUCUGAAGAUGGGUGGUGUCGGUACAAGUCAAACUGUCCAUGCUGUCGAUCCAAAGGGCCAUCAAACACUUUGGGAAAUUCUCGCUGGCUUUAGAUUAACCAGUAGAAAUAUUGAAAUUGCUGCUUCUACUCACAUUGACGGUGGCAUCUGCUGUCUCUCUGGUCGUACUGCAGCUUAUCGUACAUUGAUCCUCAAGGACCCUGCUUUUCAAUAUUGCUUUACAAAUGAUCUUUGGUUGGGCAAAUACCCACUCAAUUCUGGCGACGAUAAGUUUCUUACACGCUGGAUGGUGUCGCAUGGCUGGAAUACGUAUGCUCAAAUCUGUAAAGAAGCUGAACUCUACUCUACGUUCAAGAACAACUGGAGAUUCGUAAAGCAAGUGCUUCGUUGGACUCGUAACACAUGGCGUUCUGAUUUUAGAUCACUGUUUACCGAGCGUUACAUCUGGAGAAGACAUCCUUUCGUUGCAUUCACCAUGGUCGAUAAGAUCUUUAAUCCUUUGACCCUGUUGGCAGGUCCCAUCCUUGUUGGUGUGUUUGCUUCUCUUCAGGAGCAAAGGGCUGGUCCUACAAACCCACCUUUGCCAGGUUGGAAUAUUGCCAUCUCUUAUAUCAUCUGGUUGCUGCUGACAAGAUUCAUCAAACUGAUUCCUCAUUUCAUCAAAAGACCUCAAGACAUCUGGGUCUUACCUGCUUGGCUACUGUUCAAUUACUAUUUCGCCAUCAUGAAGAUUUAUGCAUUGUUCACAUUGCACGAAGUGGGUUGGGGAACCCGAGCUGGUGUAGGCACUGAACUAGCUGCUGACAUUGGUAAAGAUGACGAAAAGCAGCCUUUUGACAAUAAUAACGACAUCAAGAUUGAAAUGAGUCAAAUGGACUCUAAUGAAUCCACUCCCAACAACUACGAACAACAACAAAGGAAUGACAUUCAAAAUUACUACCAUGAAAACGCUCCCUAUGAAGAUCCUUUCUUUUCAGAACAAGACAUGUUGGAAGUAUCUCGGAAUCACCACACAGAAAUGGGUGUGGAUGGCUCUUUUGCUCCUAUUUCUUCCUCUUCAACAACAACAACAACAACCCCUUACAAUAAUAAUACCUCUUCCCAUAAUACACACAUGCAACAAAACCACCAUCAUGAUGGCACCCCAUCAUCAUUACUAUAA